CUUAUUUCCAAGUUCUGAAUCGCUUGUCGUCGUCGUUUUCGUCCUCUCCGCGUUCGAGUGGAAACACCAAUCUUCCUGACCGGGUUCAAUAUCGGAUCGGUGGCAGGGGUUACAAUUAACUUCAUUUACUUACAACAUGUCUAAGGCUCAUGAUCCAUUUUAUAUCGUCAAAGAAGAGAUUCAAGAAUCUAUUGAUAAAUUGCAAUCAAGUUUUCACCAAUGGGAGAGGAUUCGUUCUGACGAAGAACGAGGACAUCUCACAAAAGGCCUAUUUGCUAAUUGUGAGAGCAUUGAGUGGCAGGAAGGUAGAUGAAUUGGACAAAGCUAUUUCUGUGGCAGCUAGGGAUCCUUCAUGGUAUGGCAUCGAGGAAGUGGAACUUGAAAACCGAAGGAGAUGGACCAGCAAUGCCCGAACUCAGGCGGGAAAUGUGAUGAAAGCUGUAGUAGCUGGAAAAGGAAACGGUAAUUCUACAAGUGCGGUGCACCGAGAACUGAUGAGACUGCCAAAUUCUCAUCAACCAGAUAGAUCCAACCUAUAUAGUGCGGAAGACAAUGAUGGCUUUAUAGCAUCUGAAUCGGAUAGACAAAUGCUUCUUAUAAAGCAGCAGGAUGAGGAGUUGGAUGAACUUGGUGCUAGUGUUGAGAGAAUAGGUGGUGUUGGACUCACUAUACAUGAGGAACUUCUUGCACAGGAGAAGAUAGUAGAUGAUUUAGGUAAUGAAAUGGACAGCACAACAAACCGAUUGGAUUUUGUUCAGAAAAAGGUAGCCAUGGUUAUGAAGAAGUCCAUUGCAAAGGGACAGUGUAUGAUGAUAUUAUUUUUGCUAGUUUUGUUCAUUAUUCUAUUCGUUCUGGUCUUCUUCACUUGAGAACAGAUAUAAGGCAAUGUUCAUAACUUGAAGAGGUCCGAUUCAGAAAUAAAUCAUGGGAGUUGUAAAGAAACAGGACUGUGUUGUUGUGAUCUUUACUGGUGAAAACAGUGAGAAUUAAGAAAAUUAUGUGCUGUGUGUUUUGAAUGGUGGAACUUGGUGUUAGGAGUAUAUGUAAAGACAGGCAUAUAUUAUUAUUGCCGUUUGCUUCUUUACAAAUAGCACGUGGCAGGGUAUGUUCUUAUUGAUCUCUUAAUGAUAGAACUAUGAACCGUAGUGUCUUGGUGUUAUAAUAGCUUCAUUAUAUUUUUAUAAUAUGAUUUUUGUUUGCCUUUU